CCUGGGUCUCAACAGAAGCAGGUGCCAUGGAGUACAUAGGAAGCAAGUAUAUCGGGGAGUAUGUAGAUGGGAGGAUGGAAGGCAAAGGCAAGUACAUCCUCCCGACCGCAACGAGAUAUGUUGGAGAGAUGAAGGAUGGCAUGUUUCACGGCCAAGGGACCCUGUACUUCCCUGGUGGGAGCCGAUAUGACGCCAUCUGGGAGAAAGGCUUGGCUGUGGAGGGUACCUACACCUUCGAAGAUGGGCUGAAGUACGAGAGCAAGCACUGGCACUACUGCGACCGCUAUGAUCGCAGGUUCUACACAGAGAUCUGCCACGGCUUCAGGCCUGCAGUUAUUUGUCAGCUCACCAACUUGGACCCACCUAGAAAGAUCCCCAAAGGCUGUUAUGACUGUGGAGAUGGCUUCUAUAACCCAAUCACACGAGUGGUCAAGGACUACAAGAACCGCUUUCUCAGGAACGCAGAUGACGAUGAGCACGAGUGGAUCAUACGGACGUGCCGGAAGGGCUGGGACCAGAUCGUGGGCCGCAGCCUCCAGCUCUGAUCUCAGCAGCUGCCUCCUCCGAUGGAGCCUUCCAUCUGCCCCGCUAGCACUGGGCAGCCUCGGCCAGGCCAGACUGCACUGCUAGGACCCAGAUUUUGGCUAAGGAAUAAAGGCUUUCUGCAUCCUGUG